UGUUGAUGUCAUACAGCCAGUGUGCAGACGUGCUGCGUUUAGAAAAUCCAGUGCCUGUGUCAGAGACGUCUUAUUAUCCAGCAAGAAGCUCAUCUUUCAAAACAAAUGUACUGAUGAUGUACGCCAAAUUGUGUUUGCUUCUUCUGAGUUUAAUUUAUUUGGUUGGACUUAAGGCUGAGCCCUGUCUGGAUGCUGGAUUGGAUACAUUCCCACAGUAUGCAUCUGAAGGAGAGCCUAUGUACGUUACCUGCAGUUUAUUUGAUAAAUAUGAUGCUAGCAAGUUUGUGGUUGUUUGGUAUCAAAAUGGUUCCCAAAUACAAUUUCCUUCAGAUGAGCAAUUAAGAAUCCAUCAGAAUGAACACAUUCUUAAGUUUUUCCCAGCAAAAUUGGAAGAUAGAGAUUUCUAUGGAUGUAUUCUAAGAAAUUCUACAUUCUGCAUCAAACAACUUGUACAGCUUGAGGUAUACAAGAAUGAAGAGGGUGUUUGUUAUAACAGGGACAUAUUGUUCCCUCAGGAGGAAUACAUCUCUCACAGUAAUAAAGUAUUGUGUGAAAAGCUAGAUGAAUAUCCAGUUGUAAUGUCACAGAUAAGAUGGUUAAAGGAUUGCCAGCCUUUGAAUUUCAGCAUAAGGUACGAAAUUUUAAAUGACAGCCUGAUCAUACAAAAUGCGACUGUACAAGAUGGAGGAAUAUAUACUUGUGAAGUGCCAUUUAUGUUUAAUGGUACAGAAUAUACCAUCUCUCGAACCGUUAACUAUACUCUUCAAGUGCUAGCAUCCAACAUUUUCCCAUCAAGUCCAGAGAUGGCAUUGGAGCCCUGUGUGGAGGACGGAUUCGAUAUAACAACAGAGUAUGCAUCUGAAGGAGAGCCUAUGUACAUCCAAUGCAGCUUACUAAUAGUUUAUGAUGCUAGUGAGUUUGAGUUUGAGGUUGCUUGGUAUAAAAAUGACUUUCAAAUACAAUUUUCUUCAGACAAGCAAUUAAGAAUCCAUCAGAAUGAAAAUGUUCUUAAGUUUUUCCCUGCAAAAAUAGAAGAUACAGAUUCCUAUGGAUGUAUUAUUAGAAAUUCUACAUUCUGUGUAAAACAACUUGUAGCUCUUAAGGUAUAUAAGAAUGAAGAGGACCUCUGUUAUCACAGUGACAUUGUGUUCCCUGAGAAUGAACGGAUCUCUAAAAGCAAUAAAGUAAUAUGUCCAGAUCUAGAUGCAUAUCCAGUUGUAUUGUCACGGAUAAGAUGGUUAAAGGAUUGCCAGCCUUUGAAUUUCAACAUAAGGUACGGAAAUGUAAAGGACAACCUGAUCAUACAAAAUGCAACUGUACAAGAUGGAGGAAUAUAUACUUGUAAAGUACCAUUUAUCUAUAAUGGUACAGAAUAUACCAUCUCUCGAACCAUUAAUUAUACUCUUCAAGCGCAACUAGCUAACAUUCCCCCAACAAUUUUAAAUCCAACAAAUAAUGUUGUGGAGGUGACGUUAGGAUCUUCUUUAAACCUUGUCUGCAAAGUGAGGUACAGCAACAUAUUAAUAGUUCUGCUAUUGUGGACUUACGAUGGCACUGACAUUAAAGAUUAUUACAAUGCUAGUAGAGUUACAGUACAGGCGCUCCAAUACAAUAGAUCUCAAGAUGGAAUCAAAGAAGCAAUAAGAAACCUGACAUUUUUAGAAAUUAAAGAAGAAGACUAUGAUAAACGUUUUUUCUGUGAAGCUCGUGCUGGUGUGAAUCCAAAGGCGUAUGUUAUAUUAAAGCGACCUGAUGCAAAUAUGCUGCCUUACUUGACUUUCCUUAUUUUACCGGUGUUGGUUGUGAUUAUCGUUAUACUAAUCUUCAAAUUUUUCAAAGUAGACAUUAUUCUAUGGUAUCGGGCGACCUGCUUGCCUAAAACAGUAAUAAAAGAUGGAAAGCUGUAUGAUGCUUAUGUAAUGUAUCCAAAAAGUACUAAGGAUCACUAUAAUCAUGCAAUGGACAUCUUUGUAUUCAGGGUGCUACCUGAGGUUUUAGAGAAGCGGUGUGCCUACAAGCUGUUUAUAUAUGGAAGAAAUGAUUUACCAGGACAAGCUAUUACAGACCUUAUAGAUGAAGCCAUCUCACAAAGUAGAAGACUGAUCAUUGUUUUAUUAAACACAUAUGGCAAGAAUCGUUUAGAAGAUAACUUUGAACAGCAUUUAGCAAUGUAUGAUGCUCUGAUUCGGGAUAAACUUCAAGUAAUUUUAAUAGAGCUUGAAAAGAUAACAGAUUACUCACAGAUGCCAGAAUCCAUUAAAUACAUAAAACAAAAAAAAGGUGUUGUCCGUUGGAAAGGACAGUUUAAUGAUGUCUCUCUUUCCCCAUCAACAAAGUUCUGGAAAAAUAUCAGAUACAGAAUGCCUCCAACAAACAAGCAACAUUUUUAAAACUUUCUAUUUGUUUUGAAAAUGUCCAUCAAUAAGACCAUCGGAGAUAUAGAUAUAGGUAUGGACAGCAGAUCAGUAGUUAGGCCUUAUCUUGAGAAUUGUGUGCAGUUCUGGAAGCCAAAUCUCUACAAGGAUAUACAUGAACUGUAAUCUGUUCAAAGGAGGACUACUAAAUGGUACAUGGGGGGAUAUUUAUCAAAGCGUCAAUGUGUGGUUGAAGGGUAGUAGGUUAAGAUGUAAUUUGUAUAAGCACUUCUUCACAGAAAGGGUGUUUGAUUCAUGGAAUACACUUCCAUGGGAGGUGGCUGUGAAAAGCAUAAAGCUAUCCUAUCUAAAUAAGCUUACACUUGUAUCACAUUUUGGGCAGACUUGUUGGGCUUGUGGUUCUUAUCUGUCGUCAAAAUCUCUGAAAGAUUUAUAUAAAUUGCAAGCAAAUUGUACUGGUACUUACUUUUAAUUAUAUGAACGAAAUUUGGAUUUUUUGUGUGGACCUCACCAACUUUAUUAACUGCAUCAGUUAAAGGAUUCACAAAGCAUUUAAAGAACAGAACAUUACAUUGUUAUUCAAUAGAGCUUAUUCACUGAACUGAGAGUAAACUCUAGUAUACUUAGUGAUCAGUGUCAAGUGAUAAUAUAAUAGUUUUGAAUUCUUACUAAAUAUAUGGUACUGAUAUUACUGACAUCAUAGCAAAUUUUUUUCUGAUUCUAGUCAUAUGCAUUAUGUGCACAGAUGUCUAUAAUAAUAUUUCUGAAAAUGAAUUCAGAAGAUAGAAAAGAGCCACCACAUUUCAAAAUAUUGUUAAUUUUCUUAUGUUUUUACAAUAAAUGAACUUAUUUUAAACA